GCUGGCUGGCGGAGUUUCCGCGCCUUCGCCUGGGUGGCGGGGCGGCCGGCUGCGCUCGGGGAGCUGCGCCCGCCCGUGCCCCGCUCCGCCUCGGGCCAUGCUGCUGCCGUCCGACGUGGCCCGGCUGGUGCUGGGCUAUUUGCAACAGGAAAAUCUUCAAGCUACCUGCCAUCAAUUCAUUCUGGAAAGCUCAGAUUUGAAAGAAUAUGCGGAGCACUGCACAGAAGAUGGUUUUAUUCCAGCCUGCUUGCUGUCGCUGUGUGGAAAAAACUUGACAACUAUUCUUAACGAAUACGUAGCCAUGAAAACAAAAGAAACAACAAAUGAAGUUCCAGCAAUGAUGUCAUCUCUGUGGAAAAAAUUAGACUAUACACUUUCUCAGAUCAGGAGCAUGCAGAAUUCAGAUUUCAGAUUUUCUUCUAACCAGAGGAUACGUACAAGAAGUGGAAUUGUAGAAAUGAAGAGGCAGAGAAUGCUUCAGCAGUCAGCUCCUGCAAACUCAGGACUGUUGUCAGUAGCCCAUCAGUCAGGGCAACAGAAUUCCUCUUCUUCUGUUGUACCUCCUCAAGUAAUUCACAAAACAAUAAAUCAAAGCAUCCCACAGACAAGACUGAGUACACUGUUUGUGAACCAGUCACAAGCUCAAGAAAACAAGAUCAACACAGGAGGUCUCAUACACAUUCAAGUUCCAACAUCACAAGAACGAAAACUUCAUUCAAACUUGCUUUCUCCAGGAAGGCGAAAAAGUGACUCUCAGAAGAGGAAAAGUGUUGCAACAUCUGGAACUCUUUCAGCAGCUAGAAGUUCUCAAGACUCUGAAGAAGCAGUAGUGGAAAAAGAAAGUGAGCCCCUAGAAGAAUUAAUUGAUGGUAACUUCCCACAACUGGUUAUUGAAAAUGCCAGAGAAAAAAUCUUGAGCAACAAAUCUCUUCAGGAGAAGCUCGCUGAAAACAUUAACAAAAUCCUGGGGAGUGAUGGCAGUGUUGCUCAGGCCCCUAAACAGACAGACAGUGGUCCCACAGAACAGGAGACUUCAAUUGAUGAAAUCCUUGGACUUCAGGGUGAAAUUCAUAUGUCAGAAGAGGCUAUCCAGGACAUUCUGGAGCAGACAGAGUCAGAUCCAGCUUUCCAGGCUCUGUUUGACUGGUUUGAUUAUGGAAAGAGCAAGGUAAACAAGAACCUACCUGCUGGUAUUUCUGGUCGGAGUGGAGUAGAGAAUGAAGUCCUGGUGGCUGAGGAUAGCCUGGAAACAUUUGGAAGUUCUUUAGGAACAGAAGAAACUAACAGAUGUGAUAAUUCUACAGAACCACUAUCCUGUAAAGGCUUUCAGUUAGGAGAAGAAUCAUGUGCCUUGAAGACCAGCAUUAAUGAUGAUGAUACGGCUCAGAAGAAUCCAGCCAGUGAAGAGCUGCAUGGAAACUGUAGACCAAAGAAGCAGACUGAAGUACUUACAGCCAUUACCCCUGAACAUAUUAGAGAGCUUGAAAUUGCUUUUGAUUCAGUGUCUGAUUUGACCGAACCUAACAAGAGACCAAGUUCUGAUAACAAGUGUAACGAACAGUGUGCAGAUACUUACAUCACAAAAGAGUCGUCUACAUUAGUAUCUGAAAGGGAGAGUGCUAUGGAAAUUGAAAAAGGCCCACAAAAUGAUAGUUCUCAAAGUAGUCCUAAUUUAGAAUAUGUUCAUUCUGGUACUGCACAGAUUCCUUUGAUUUCAGUGGCAGAGGAUACUAUAGCUGGUGAAAACAAAACUGAUUCAGGAAGUAAAUGUCCGUUGUUGCCAGAUACAUCACUGUCUGAAAAAAGACAUCCUGGAAGCCCUUCUGAUGGGAGCCCUGGCCACAGUGCACUGCUGAGAAAAAGCAACUCAUCCAUUUCUAGCCCAUUGGCAGAGGCAGGAAAAGAGCAGACUGUAACCAGUGAUCCAGCUGCCUUGCCUGGCGUUUCACAGGAGAGCUCCAGCCACCCCUCCAACCAUCAGGACCAGAGCACACAGGCAGACUGUGCUGCGGGAUCUGCAGUGGACAUCACAGAUCUUGACAAAACAGAGUUGCAGCUUGAAGUUGUUGAUACUUCUAACAAAACUUACUCAAAUGAUCAGCAUACACUUGAUAAGCCUUGUAAGAACGACUUUAACCUCCCUUCAGAACUGCCAAACACAGAAGGUACACAAGGAGAGAUGCAAGAACCUUCAUCUUCUACAAAAGUAGACACUGAUAAUUUAUAUUUCUCGUCUGGUAAUAAUGCAUGUACAGACAUUUCUGUAGUAUCCACUGAAAACAAUCUUACUACCUCUGAAAUAUGUCACUCUCCUCUCCCUGAAACUGCAUCCUCAGCAGAGGAGUCAGGUACUGAGGCCAAAAGUAUAAGCAGUGUAUCUUCCAGUAGUCAACCGAUGGAUGUUGAUCCUUCUAAUAUAAUGUCCCUCAAGAUCAUCAUCAGUGAUGAUCCGUUUAUUGCAUCAGACACAGAGCUAAAUAAUGCUGUUUCCAGCAUCACAGGAGAAAAUUUGCCUACUAUAAUAUUGUCAUCUCCAGCCAAAUCCCCAACCAAAACUGCAGGCCUGCCCAAAUGUCUGACUUCAGAAGACACAGAAAAAAAUGUGGAUUCAGCUCUGGCAGAGCAGAAUCUUCUUGUGCUUAGACCUAAGGAUCCUGUGGUCACCUCGGUUAACACUGCGAAUGAAGAGUGCGCUGGUUUUUCAGUUGCAAGUUCAACUCAUCUUUCCAAUGAAGGGGGAUUUAUACAGUUGAUGCCAGCCACAAGCACAGCUUUUGGGAACUCAAGCAACCUUUACAUAGCCACGUGUAUGACUGAUCCAACAACCUUGGGUGCAGCUGUAACACCAUCAAAUGUAGUUGUAUUGCCUGGCAGUUCUAUGCCACUGGCCUCCCAAGCUCCAGCUGUACAACAGUUGCGGACUCCUCCCAGAUCCAGCAAUACAUUUCCAGCAAACCAGACUGUCUCCCCAAACUUCCCACAGGGUUCUGCCAUUAUAAUUGCAUCUCCAGUGCAGCCAGUUUUGCAAGGAAUGGUGGGAAUGAUACCUCUCUCCGUAGUAGGACAGAAUGGAAAUACGUUCUCAGCACCUGCCUGCCAGGUUCUUCACAUGCCUGUGGCUAAUCCAAUGUGCAACGGAAGUGUCCCAAAGCUUCCCAUCCCUCCUAAAUCACAGAAGAUUCCUGGAGCAAGAAACAGGAAUACUACAGGUGCCUGCCUUGCGUUCUUGAGAGGUGCAGAAGAAAAGCAGAGGGUUCUAAGAAAAUUGGUACCAAAUGUAGCUGAGCCUUUGAACCAUGCAAAUCCAUGGACACAGAGGGCUGGAAAUUAUGACAAGCUUACCAGUGCAGAACCAGGAAAGAAAGUGGAAGAGAAUUUACCUGUUGCACCAGCAGAGAGCACAAGCUCAAAUUCAAGACAGAGUGAGAGUCACAGGAGAGUGCUUUGCUUUGAUAAUGUCCUGCCCGCUCCAGGAGGAAGCACCCAAAUUCAGGCUCCUAAGAGUUCAUCCCAGAAAGAAAGAAACGAAAGCCCUUUAUUUGCUGUUGACUCUGCAUCCUCCUCUGCUAAGGCACAGGUACCAAAGAGAGACAAAGACAAAACAUUGCCCAGAAUUCUGUGUAGGCCAGAAGUCAGUAGCAACAGAGGCACAUCUGCAAAGGAGGCACAGCCCGAGCGGAAGGUGGCAACCGCAGGGCUGUCAUUAGAUCCCUUCCACAAGACAACAGCAAACAAGGAAAAUGAGCUACGGAGGGAUACUGAUGAAAAGCAGAAGAACCAGGACACCGCCAAACUCUCAAACGGCCAACAGAGCGUUGCCUUAUGGAAUGAGAAGACAGUUGCUUCGGUACAAGAGCUGAACAAAAAGCAGGGGUCGCUGUCAAAUGGGGCUGGCAGCGGCAAAUCAUCGGUGUCUGUGUCUUUGUCCUCGAAGGAGCCGAAGCGAGAACCUGCUAAAGCUUCCGGCCAAGGCCUCGGCCUGUCCAGCCCGUUUGGAAAACAGUGUGUGGAGAUGCUGCAGGACAUUCAGUGGCAAAGCCCCGCCGGGAAGACCGUGGAGAACGGAGAGCUGCCGGUGCCCCGGACGCCGUCUGGCGUUGGGGACAGGCACGCGGAUGACACCACGGACAGCGUCCGCACGCCGACCUGCCGGCGCUUCUCCGAGGACAGCACCACGCCCCGCAUCAUGGUGCCCCCCGCCACGCCCGACCUGCCCGCCUGCAGCCCCGCCAGCGAGACGGGCAGCGAGAACAGCGUCAGCAUGGCCGCACACACCCUCAUGAUCCUGUCGCGGGCGGCCAUCGCAAGGACUAGCACUGCAACCCCCCUCAAGGACAACACCCAGCAGUUCAGGGCUUUGAGGAGCACCGUGAAGAAAAGGAAGUUGGAGGACUUAAAUGAGGGGGAGAGAAAUUCCCGUUCUGCAAACAGAAAAGAGCUUCAGAGCUCUCCAACACCAUCCAAAAAAAAGAAAAUCAAGAAAAAGAAGCUCCCAAAUUCUUUUCCAGCAGGAAUGGAUGUGGACAAGUUCUUGUUGUCUUUGCAUUACGAUGAAUGAACAGAAAGAAGUUGAAGUGAGGCCAUCUGAAGCUCAGUGGAGCACUGCUGAGGUUUUGCAUGGGAAGAGAAGUUAACUCUAAAGGGCAGGUUGCACUUUCAGUGCACUGAAGUUUCACUUUAUAGCAAAGUCGUGCUGAUUCUGAAGCAGGUUGCAAAGUGUAAAUAUCAUUGAGUUGGUAUAUGUUUAUUUUUGAAAAAGCACUUGCAUAAUUACAGAGCCAUUUAAAUUGCAAAACUGUAAAUUUGUGUAAAUGAAAUGUAAGAAAGAUUGUACAUUUCCUGUUAGACCACGUUGUCUGUGUUCUGCUGCUUUCUCUACUUACCCCUUUGAAGCGCUCAGCCAGUCUGUGAAAAGGUGGUGUUUGUCACUCACCACUCUAAGAUGAGGCAGCUACCUUGGCCACUUCUCAUUGUUUUGUUUACUCUGAAAGGGACUUAAAUAUUCAGCUCUAACUGGCUUGUGCUCACACAAUUUCUUGUUUCUUAACUGUCAAGCCCAUGUUGUAAGGCUUUGAACGAAAUAACAAAAAUACCAAUAGCUGAACAUAAGGCCAGUAAAACUUCAAAAAGCAUUUCUCAUCUGGUGGAGCUUUUCCCAGCCAGUCAUUCCAACAGGAACUUUAAUUUGGACAGGCCUUCUCUCUUUACAGUAUUUGCUGCUGAAUGUCAUUCAAAUGCAAAAGCUGUUUUUAAGCAACAUAUUUUUAUGUGGUGUCGUGACUCAGUAUGAACACUUAACUGAAGCAACAGCUAAACAAGAAUGACAGUGUGUGCUAAUGCAAAAGCCAAUUCCCUCACCUUUCAUUUGUACUGCUGAGAAGUUACACUAUCUAACUCUUAAAUUUUUAGCCAGACAUGGUAAAAUUUGCAUCUGAUUUUUCUGUUUAACAUAGAGGUUGUCAUAGCUAUUAUAUAAACUCUCUCCAAAAGGGGUGCAGGAGGAGCUCAGCCUACAUUUUGCUGAAUGAGCACACCUUGCUCCAAAACUACAGAAUUUUCUUUACUGGUAUUUCUUCUUGUUCUCAAAUUGUUGACAUCUUAAAAAAAAAAAAAAGUUUGCAAGUUUUCUUGUAAGAGAUCUGUACAGCAACAGGGCAAUGUUUCAGAUACAAUACAAGGAUUCCUAAGGAACCAAGAUUAUGCAGUAGAUGUUUAUAUUAAACCCAUCCAGUAACUAAAUACUGCAUAGCAUUUACAGCUUGAAUAAAUAUUUUUGUUUUAAUAAAAAGUUGUGUGUCUUGCUUAAUGUUUUUAAGUUCACUAAGGAGCUUUGCAGAUACUGAAUAGAAAAGUCCUGUUGGUCAGUGGUUUUUGAAGACAAAGAGUCCAAUAUUAAAGACUGAGUUCUAACACUAAUUGUCAGAGGGACUAGGGCAGGCAAGCACAAAAAAUUGUGCUAAGCAUAAAAUGCUUGAUAGUGAUGGUGACACUUAAAAUCAAUUUGUUGUUUGAGACCGAAGGUAACUCUUGCCUGGGCCAUCCACUACCCACCAUUUCAGGCACUCUGGUUCUAACUAUGUGAAUUAUCCACUCACUUUCAUAGGAAAAAAAGUAUCUUCAGUACCAAGCUGCUGUCAUACUGCAAAUAAUUUUUAGGAGAAAACAA